GAAAACCGUUCGCGGGCUCCCGACGAAAGGCGCUUUUCCAACGGAUGUGUCGGGUUACGUGAGCUCGCGACAGACCGUCUCGCUCCGGUGCGGGGCGGGACGGGUCGUGCGAGCGAGACGGCUAGCGAUCGAGACGCGCGGGACGGAGCCGCGCGAAGUCAGUUGCGGUCCGAGCGGCCGAGCCGUCAGUCCCGCCCUCGGUUCUUUCGCGUGUUCGGUUAGUCUCCGUUCGUCGUUCGAACGGUGAGUUGUGUAUAGCGCUUUUGCGCACCGGUUACUGUGGCGUACUGCGAGGUGAUCAUGGACGCGCCCGGCGGAGCGCGGGAGUCCCGCUUCGGGCCGUCUUACAUGGGGUUGUUGGGGGAGAUGCCGGACAUGUACAGCGCGGGCAGGCCUCCGAGCGCGCUCGGCGGUGCUGGCCCCUUGCGGCCCGGCAUGCAACCUUGCCCGAUGCCCAGGGCUGGAGUCAAACGUCCAUCGGACCAGUGCUACGAUGAUAGACCAUCACAAAGCGUUCCCCUCGACCACUGCCCAAUGCCGGACAUAGCUGAUGAUGGUUAUGCCUCCCUGCAACCCAAGAAGUCACCCCCUUCUAAUGGCAAAAAGACUAAAGGUCGCGUCAAGAUCAAAAUGGAGUAUAUAGAUAAUAAACUGCGACGGUACACAACUUUCUCCAAGCGGAAGACUGGGAUUAUGAAGAAGGCAUACGAGCUAUCCACUUUGACGGGGACACAAGUGAUGUUGCUGGUCGCGUCGGAGACCGGCCACGUGUAUACGUUCGCGACGCGGAAACUUCAGCCCAUGAUCACGUCCGAUUCUGGGAAAAGGCUGAUCCAGACGUGCCUUAACUCACCAGACCCGCCCACGACCAGCGAACAGCGCAUGGCGGCUACUGGCUUCGAGGAGACCGAGCUCACGUAUAACGUUGUAGACGAGGAUAUGAAGGACGAGCCAACAUCUUCAGGCGACAGCGGAGACGAGAGCGGAAGCGAACCCGAAUCUCCGAGUGAAAAAUUAAUUCAACACGUCAGAAACGACUGGACCAACAAUGAACAUCACGACAAGGAUUCGAAAAGGGAUUCACACGCGGAACCAUUAGCAUCGACCUCAACAAGCCACGAAGCAGACAGCAGCAAAUCUAGCCAAAUACCUAUGCCGAAACUACUGCCGAAACUAGAUCUGCCGGGGGGAGCGAUGCUCUACCAUUCCGGAGUUCUAGCUGGACUGGACGGGCUUGGCAAUAAUCUUGGAUUAGGGAAUCUGGCCAUGACCUAUCCGCAUAGUUUCAUAUUAGGACUGGCUAACCAAGGACAGGAAGGAGCGGCAACGUCAUCGACCCAACCACAAUUCAUCACCAUACCGCUCUCAAUGGCCAUGGCAGCUGCAGCCCAAGGAUCCGCUUCUAAUGGUUGUCCGGUCAGCGCCUCCAGUGACGACAGCAGUGAACUCCAGGAUUUGAGCACCGGGAGGAAGUGACAGUUGAAGAAUAACUGAGAAGAAAAAAACCUGUUUUACGAAUAUUUUUUUUUUGUUGCAAUAAUUUGAUGUACCAAAAACGUUUGGGUUUUAACUGUUUCGAAUCAUAAUUUUUUUUUAAUAAAUAAUAGUUAAUUUAGUUUCAUUUCAUUUAUUUAGGAGGUGGUUAUAUUGUAAGCGUUUAUUGACUACGAAUUUAUUUAAACAAAACUGUAAAGCGUGAAUCGUUUAAGUAUUAAUUUAUUGAAUCAAAUGAUGUUUAUGAAAAAUAAAUGAAUAUCUUGUUUUAUCACUCACUAACUCUUUUUCUCUCGGCAAUGUCAGUAAAAAAGAAUAAAAAAAAAUCGAUGAGUGUUAACUUAACCUUGUUUAUGAUUUACAUAAUCUAUUGCUUGUAAGAAGAAUUAAUAUUAUUAUUUUUUCAAAAUUAAUCAGUUUUGUUGCCGAUUGUACAAUACUUGCCAAUUAAUUAUUUUUAUAGUGGUAAAAUACACUUGACGUGAACUGUUAUAAGAGUGUUAUGGUUUCCGAAGGAAACUUUUGUAACUUCACGUAUACAGAAAUUUUAAUUUGGAAAUUUUAAUUAAUCGAAAUAUUAGAUACUAGUGAAAUGUCGUAGUUUAAAUAAAAUAUAUGCGUAUUUUUGUACUGGACAUAACCCCGGUAGUAUUAUCGCAAGCGACUUAUUGAGCAGACUUGGAAAAUUGAUCUAUCAAAUAAUAUCUUCGGUAGAGUACGCUCUACUUUUCGCAUUGCUUGGAAUUUAUCAUUUUCCUUAUUUUCCAACGCGAAACUAGCAAAUGUAAUUAAUUCUUGCUAUAAUGAAGUCGCUUGUGAAAACACUGCUCUUUUAUGUGUAAUCUUUAUCGCUUGAGAGAUAAAUCUCCAUUUUGAUCCAUCAUUAAUUGUAAUUAUAUGUACGACCGAAAAAAAAACAAUUGAUGCCACGAGAAACUACAUGAAUGACCUCUUAGAUUUUUGUGAAUUUAUUAAGACCAACCCGCCUAUUACUGCCGUGAAGCAGUAAUGCGUUUCGGGCUACGGGCUCCAGUAACCACUUAACACCAUGUGGGCUGUGAGCUUGUCCACCCAUCUAAGCAAUUAAAAAAAAUUAAAAAAGAUACUGUUAGAUACUAAAAGUGAAGAUGCCAAAUUCAUUUGAUUAUAUGAUAGAUACAAUUGUUUGAUACGCGCUAAUAAUUUUAUAAUUAUCACUAAUAUAUAGCUGAUAGAACUUAACAUCAAAGCUCAGUGCAGGCUUUUGCCAUACACCGAUAGAAGCACAAAGAAAACAAUGCAAAUAAUGACGAACUAAUGAAAUCAAAACUUAAAAAUGCUAUUUAUAAAAAAGUAGCUGUUCUAAAAGUUUUCUAGAUGUUUCGAUUUACUCGAAUUCUUGUGGAAAUUUUAACCUUUAUUUGCUGGGGUUAAAGUUCAGUUUCUUGUGUCAUUAAUUUAGUUUGCAAUUUUAAAUGAUUUUGAACUGUAUUCAAAUAUGUUUUUUUUUUUGUAGCUGAUUUUGUAAAAGAGCAGUGGUAUUGCUUUGGUAUUGACGAAAUUAAUUUUUGCACUUUUUUGAAGUGAGAAAACAUUGAACUAGAAAAGCCCGUAUUCGUUAAAAUUUGUUAAAUAGCCCUUAUAACAAAUUGGUGCAAAAAUUUAAAAAUGCUCCAAUAUAAUGCAAUAAUGCGGAAGUCAAAAAACGAAUGCAUUCAAAAUGUUGAUACGGUGAAAAAACUACUUAAUUGCUAUAUAAAUUAGGUGGUGUCUCUAAAAUUCAUACCCAUCUGAGAUCCUCCGAGUUAAAUACAUAGAUUUACUUCAGUUAACCCGCUCCGCUUAUCACGCCGGCAAUACCACCGCGACCUUACAACCAUUACCUUACACGAAAGCAUUUAUUACGUUACGUUUGUAAUUAUUUUCGUUUUAUUUUCAUUUAGUAUUUUUUAUCGAAAGUUCAUUGAACUGUGUACUGCGUUUCGUUUAUCCUUUAAUAAUGUUCCUUUUCCUUAAUUUUUAUAGUAAAAUAAAUUGAAAAAUAUGAA